CAGAGCUGGAGACAGCCUCCACCUGACCUAACACCUGUGCACAGCUCAGGGGCCCCAUCCACUCAGUCGACCUCCUAGAUCCCGUCUGUCCGUUUGACCACCACUGGACCCUGGAUUUCUCCGUCCAAACCUCUUCAAUUUUCUCCCCUCAAAUCCGGGUCACGGCACCAAAAACUGUCCCGAUCCUUUUAUUUGAGGAACCAUGUCUGCUGUCUACCUUCUCCUCCUGCUGGUCCCCGUGAUUUCGGCUCAGACCUUUCGCUUUGGCGCCUGUCCCACUCCAAAGGUGCAGUCCAACUUCAGCCUUCAGCCGUACCUGGAUAAGUGGUAUGAGAUUGAGAAGCUGCCCGCUUCUUUUGCCAGAGGACAGUGCAUCGAAGCAAAUUAUUCUGUAAGGAAAGAUGGGACCAUCCGAGUGUUGAACUCUCAGGUUGUGGGUGGUAAAAGGGAGUUUUCAGAAGGGACAGCUGUGGUUCCAGACCCACAAGAACCAGCCAAACUUGGAGUCGCCUUCUCAUAUUUUACACCCUAUGGCUCAUACUGGGUAUUGGAGACAAACUACACCAACUACACCAUUGUGUACUCCUGCACAGACAUUCUGCGCAUAUUCCAUGUUUACUACGCCUGGAUUCUCGCACGGUCACCCUCCCUGCCUCCAGAGACGGUGCAUUACGCCAAACAGUUGCUGACUGAUAAAGGAAUCGAUAUUUCCAAGAUGACUCCCACAUAUCAGAACUGUGGAAAUAUCUAA